AUGGAGGGGGAGUUGGACGACUAUCCGCUCCACGGCGAACAGCCCGUCAACAUCCGGCAAGAACUAGGCAUCAUGUUCGGCUUCAUGGCAGCAUGUAUCCUGACUGUUGCCGUAUACUACAUAUUCUGGCAGGCCUCCCAACGCCGCGCCGCCGCCCGCGACGAAGCCCGUCGCAAAGAUCUCCGAGCCCGUGGCUUCCAUCACGAACGAGGCGGAUACCAUGACAAGGCCCUCCAUCGAUACGCAAGCCGAGACCCGAUUGCGCAAACACAGGGACAAACACUCGAAUUUCUUACGGAGCCGGAUCAGUUCAAAGAUGAAAUGCACAGCCACAGUCGCAACAACAGUCAUAGUGAAGACGGCAUUAGUGAUAGCAACACCAUCAUUGGCGGGGAGAAACAUAGCGACAACGGAGGUAGUGCAGCUGCUGGUACAGGACUGAGGAUCAAUACGCAUGAGCAUGACGCCUGGUCUGGGAAUGGGAAUUCGAAUUCAAUUCACAAUGGGAGUGCGGUGAGUAAUCGGACGCCUUUGUCGAUGAUGAAUGCUACCAUGGGGCAGAGUGCGAAGGAUAUGUUUUGA